GACUUUGAAUGAAGCGAGAAGAAGCCCUUUCUGGUUGAUUUUGGCAACUUCACCAUCUCACACUCUCCAACUCUCAACAAAACCUGCGACAAAAAAUUUCACAACUCUCUCUCUCUUUCUCUCUAUCUCUUUCUCGAGUCGCGUUUCUUCUUCUCGUUUCUUCAGCUUGGACUUGUUCACUUUCUCGAAGCUUUGCUCAUGGUUGGAGCAAUAACAAAGCCGAAGUGGCGAAUAAUCUGUUCAAUCUGACUCCCCAGAUCCGUGUUUCUGGCCUCUUAGGUUUGAGCAAUUGCUCCAUUAAUGGACUGCUGCUUUCAUACGGAUCAGGAUUUGCGAUUGCAGUGUUUUGCUGGUUACAUUGUUCAUCCAUUUGAAGUUUCGUAGUUUUUUUUUUCAAUUUGGAGAUCGAGUUCGUCGUUCUCAAGUGUCUUCUGUAUGGAGAGCUUUCGAGAGAGCUUGAGCUGAUUUUGGUAGUAAUAUAAAUUUUGGUAAACAGCAAUUCUUGCUGUGAUGGGUGGGCUUUGCUCGAGGAGCUCCUCUGUAAAUAACGCUCCUGGUGGUAGCUUUCAACAUGUUAAUGGUCACCUGAAUAAUGUGUCUUCUCCGGUGAAUUCCGAGACCGGUGAAGUAGGACACAAAGAUGCGACUGAUCCUUCUCCGGUGAGGGAAAAUGUGGAUAAGCCCUCAUCGGAAUCGUUUUCGUUUCCGAAUCUGAACAUUGGAUCUCAUCCUCAGAAUAUCGAGGACGGGAUUCCUCGGUUAUCGAGAGUUUUAUCUCAGAAAUCAAGAUCAACCAAGUCUAGGCAAGCUGCUGUGGCAAAGGUUUCGGAAGUAAGCUCUCUUUUGGGCAGGGCUGGUACUAUGGGAUUUGGUAAAGCUGUGGAUGUAUUGGACACACUUGGGAGUAGCAUGACGAAUCUGAACCUUAACGGGGGAUUUUCUUCUGCGACGGCUACAAAAGGGAACAAGAUCUCGAUUCUGUCUUUUGAAGUCGCUAACACCAUCGUUAAAGGCGCUAAUCUUCUGCAUUCUCUUUCGAGAGAUAACGUCACGCAUUUGAAAGAGGCGGUUUUGCCCUCAGAAGGUGUACAAAACCUGAUAUCGAAAGACAUGGAUGAGCUUUUGAGAAUAGCUGCUGCAGAUAAAAGGGAAGAGUUGAGGAUAUUUUCUGGAGAGGUGGUGCGUUUUGGGAAUCGUUGCAAGGAUCCUCAAUACCACAACCUUGAUCGCUUCUUUGACAGGUUGGGCUCUGAAUAUACACCCCAGAAACAUUUGAAACAGGAAGCAGAAACCAUAAUGCACCAGCUGAUGACAUUUGUUCAUUUCACAGCUGACUUGUAUCAUGAACUCCAUGCGCUGGAUAGGUUUGAGCAAGAUUACCAACGUAAGAUCCAGGAAGAAGAGAACCCAAGCACAACACAACGAGGUGUGGGAGAUACCCUUGCUAUCUUGAGAACUGAAUUAAAGAGUCAGAAAAAGCAUGUACGAAACUUAAAGAAAAAGUCUCUUUGGUCUAGGAUCUUGGAAGAGGUGAUGGAGAAACUCGUAGACGUUGUCCACUUCUUACAUUUGGAGAUUCACGAAGCCUUUGGUUGUGCGGAUCUUGAUAAGCCUGCAAAUGACCCGCCAGUCAAUCCUAAAAAGUUGGGCUCUGCUGGUCUUGCCUUACAUUACGCAAACAUCAUUACUCAAAUUGAUACUCUUGUGUCCCGGUCUAGCACUGUGCCUGCAAGCACAAGAGACGCUUUGUACCAAGGUUUACCCCCAAGCAUAAAAUCUGCUUUACGCUCCAGAAUACAGUCCUUCCAGGUCAAGGAAGAGCUCACUGUUCCUCAAAUAAAAGCCGAAAUGGAAAAAACGUUACAAUGGCUCGUUCCUGUUGCUACAAACACAACCAAGGCGCAUCACGGGUUUGGAUGGGUUGGAGAAUGGGCAAGUUCCGGAUCGGAGUCGAACCAGAGACCAGCAGGUCAGACCAUACUAAGGAUAGAUACGCUUCACCAUGCAGAUAAAGAAAAAACCGAGGCUUACAUAUUAGACCUUGUGGUGUGGCUUCAUCAUCUCGUUACCCAAGUGAGGGCCACUACCGGUUGUGGCCUAAGAUCUCCGGUUAAGUCUCCAAUGAGAUCACCUAACCAGAAAACCAUCCAACUCACCAGCGGUUCACACAACCCAAGCCUGGGUUCUCCGUUGUUGACUAUGGAGGAUCAAGAGAUGCUUAGAGACGUGAGCAAGAGAAGAAAAACGCCAGGAAUAAGCAAGAGCCAAGAGUUUCAAACGACACGGCUUUGUAAGCAUCACAGGCUGAGUAAAAGCAGUAGCCACUCGCCGAUGAUGGGAGAGAUGAUGAAGGGUAGUAAGAAGGAUGCUUUCUCGAUCAGAAGACCUUCUUCUUUUCCCAUCAUCGAUUUUGAUAUAGAUCGCAUGAAAGCUCUUGACGUGAUUGAUCGUGUGGACACGAUUCGGAGCUAGUAGUUAAACUACUUUCACACCAUCUGAGAGUUCAGAGUUGGGAUUUGAAUGGAUGGUAACAACAAUCAUUCCCCAAAAAUUGAUGAUAUGAAGAAUGUAGAUGCGGUUGAAACAAGCAGAGGUUUUUGUAACUUUGUACUAUUGUUUUUUGGUUUUGUGGAUGUAAUUUGGUUUGAUUUUGUAGUCAUUUCUUUUCUAUUGUGUUUUUCCUUUUUCUUUUUCUUUUCUUGUUGUAGUUGUAUUGUGUACAUACAAGUGACGUUACUGCAUAUGAUCAUUUGAAGAAUAAAUAAUAUAUAAAAAAAAAUUUUUUC